AUGUUGCCGGACAUACCAAGAAACGAAGAUCCAGUUAGUGAUCUUUCAACAAACGAUAAUAUAAUCUUGAUGGCUAACAACUUGCAAGAAUAUCCCGAAGAUAAUGGUGAUGAGUAUAAUGAAACAAGUACAUUGCUACAAUCCGAAAUAAGCAGUAUUACUGCGGGGGGUGAUGACAUUGCUAGUCAAGGAAUGACAAGAGAGUUGAAUAAUAAGAAAAAAGAAAAGCCAAAUAUUUGCACUUUAAAGAAUUUUAUUAGGCUAGUUUUGUUGGCGAUGUUUAUUGCACUUAUCGUUUUUCUUUUGGCUGUAAGGCUAGUCAUUAUGUUGGGUGAUGGUUUGGCAGCGACUGGUGCUUUUAUUUUUGGAAGAUAUGUCUUUUCAGAUUGGGUUAGGGCACAAAUUGAAAAAAAACCAUCAAUUGCCGAAUUUAAUCAUGUCAUUAAUAAUGUUAUUACCGAAGAAGAUAUUGUGAUUAUCACCAUGAAUUUUAUCUUUGUUGGAUGUUGUGUGAUUGCAUUAUCAUUAUUUGGAAAACGAUCUCUACGAAAGGCUAUGUUGAAACUCCGGGAGUCAAAAGAAUCUGAAAACCCUCCUGCUUUACCUUCAGUACCGCAUCAAGAAGCGCAUCCUUUAGAUUCUAAUGCUGGUCGAUUUACACGAGGAGAACGAAUUACUCUCUAUAUUAUCGGUGUGAUAACCUUUCUUAACAUUGUGAUUAGCGUGUCGCUUUAUUAUUAUUUUAAAUCACGUGAAAACAAUGGUCAUGAGUAA